AACUGUUCUGUCUACGACUAUGGAACCAUAACCUGUUCACUGGACCUGCUUUUUUCGUACUCCCGAAUUGCUGGCUUGUUACACCCUCUACAACCACUGUGAUGAUUAUUUGACCCUGCUGGUCAUCUAUGAACGUUUGAACAUCUUGAAGAACGCAACUGAUUGUCGCAUAACGAAAAUGUUUUCCCAGAACUAGCCAAAGAUACGUUUCAUUUCUCCAUUAUUGCUACCCUCUGUCUUCUCGUCUUCUGAGGUGUACUGCCCCCCCGUCACUCAACAGCCUAAUCCAAUCAAAGGAUUCAAUCGGCCGGGGGGUUGGAAUUAACCCAGACCAAAUCCAACAAUAAAUUGUCUUCUUCACACAAAUCGUCUGAAAUUUAAGAACGGUUUGGUGUCGCAGUUGCAUUCUGCAGAGACUGAUCUGAGCGCAAAGAAUCCAGGACACCACACUAUAUUUCUGACUUCCUGCGUGUAGCGUGUUUCCAAAGCUUUUACCAUGGCACUAGACGGAUGUGGCCAGCUGUGCAAGUGUUUCCUCAUCAUGUUCAACAUCAUUUUUGCCCUGGUGGGUAUGGCGAUGUUCGGGUUGGGCUUGUGGCUGAGGUUCAGCUCUGAGACCAGAGGAUUUUUCAACAUAGACCUGAACACACAACAGUUUGUCAUCGGUGUGUCAGUGUUGAUUGCGUUAGGAGCAGUGAUAUUGCUCGUGGCUGUUUUCGGAGACUAUGGAGCAUGCAAUGAGAAUAUGAAUGGAUUGGCAGUGUUUUCCUGCCUGCUGGCUAUCCUGGCUGUUGUAGAGAUUGCAGCCGGUGUGUUCACCUACAUGAGAAGCGAUGUGGUGGGAGAGCAGCUGGCAAAAUUCUAUAUGACUGUGUACGCUCAGUAUGUGGACAAAGGAGACCCUGGCUUGGCUGUUACCCUGUCCAUGUUCCACAAUGUGUUGCACUGCUGUGGACUCAUUGGUGCCUUGGACCUCUUGGUAAAACAAACAUGUCCCAAAACUGGCAUUUGGGACACCUUAACUCUCCCUGCCUGCCCCACAGUGAUCCUCAACCUCUUUGAGUCCAAAGCGCCUCUGGUGAUGGGCCUCUUCCUUGGGACUGCUGCUAUGCUGAUCACAGCCCUGGUGUGCUGCAGCAUCCUCAUGAAACAGAUCAAGAAGAGUCACCUCUCUGCUCCCGUGUACUGAGGGGACAGGACCACCACCACGUUCAAACAUUUCUCCACUAUGAGACCAAACCAGAUGGUUGUCAUUCAGUGACCAUCACCCCAUCCUGUCACGUAAUACUUCUGGAGAGGUGCCCAAUAAAAAUGUCCUAAUUUGCUUUCUUUUUUUUACCUUUAUUUUACUAGGCAAGUCAGUUAAGAACAAAUUCUUAUUUUCAAUGACGGCCUAGGAACAGUGGGUUAACUGCCUGUUCAAGGGCAGAACGACAGAUUUUGUACCUUGUCAGCUCGGGGAUUUGAACUUGCAACCUUUCGGUUACUAGUCCAAUGCUCUAACCACUAGGCUACACUGCCACCCCAUUCAUUUGCGUAGCUGGACAUGCUUUAGAUGACAUGAACAGGGCAAGACACUGUUGCUCUGUAGCAGCUGUUUGUUCUGCCCCUCUCCCCACUGUAGUCCAUCUUUUUUUAACCUUAAAUCACUGUUACCGAAUGUAUAUAGCUGCACUUGCUGACAUGAAAGGGACCAUUUUAUUAAGUCAUACGGCAACAUCUCCUCCCCGCUGAUCCUCAACACUGGGGCCCCACAAGGGUGCGUUCUGAGCCCUCUCCUGUACUCCCUGUUCACCCACGACUGCGUGGCCAUGCA